GAUACAAAAGAUCCAGCAGAUCAAACACAUCAGACAGAGGCGAGAACAGCUCAGCCGCCACCUCCUCCAUCCUCAUCCGCACCGCUACAGCCGGCCCUGCUCAACACCCACCAACAUGACCAUGACUGAUGUGCUGUCAGCUGCGGACAUUGCGGCAGCGUUAAAUGCUUGUCAAGAUGUCGGCUCCUUCAACUACAAGUCUUUCUUCGCCACGGUUGGGCUGUCCAGGAAGUCACCAGCAGAUGUCCAAAGAGUCUUUGAUAUCAUUGAUCAGGACAGAAGCGGCUUCAUCGAAGAAGAGGAGCUGCAGUUGUUCCUACAAAAUUUCUCUAAGAACGCAAGAGUGCUGACAGUUGCCGAGACCAGAGCUUUCCUCAAAGCCGGUGACUUGGACAACGACGGAAAACUCGGGGCAGAAGAAUUCACUGCCUUAGUGCACACUUAAAUCAUCAAGAUGAGUGGAAAGUGCAGCUGGACCUGGCAGUUGUGCCCGGGCCUCACAAACCCGUUUAACUGAACUGCAGGUUCUGAAGAUUGCUCAUUAUUGCCUCCUCUUCCCUUUUCUGCCAUUUUACAUUUCCACACAACCUGUUCUCUCUGCAUGUGGAUGGUUAUGAAGAUGGCACUUAAGGUGGCAGACAAGGAUUAAAUAAAGAUGCUGCAAAAAUAUGUGAA